AUGGACGAAAUCGAGGAACUUAAAGCCAUCCUUAGAGAGCGCAAGGCACUGGAAAAAGAGCUAGACGAGGCCGAAGAGGAAGCACGACGAGCCGCAGCCGCUGCUGCUGCUGCAGGAGGAGGGGGAGAAGCGGGCGGUGCGGGAGGAUCGGCGGAGAUUGGGGAAGACGGGUUGACCGCGGAGCAGCGCGCGGAGCGGAAGGCGGAGAAGCUGCGGGAGCUGCUGGCGAAGCGGGCGCAGGAGCAGGCGGAGAAGCGGCGCGAGGCGGCGGAGCUGUUCGCGUUCGGGCAGCAGGCGUACGGGCGCGGAGUGUACGACAAGAGCGUCGCGAUCCUCGAGCAGGCUCUGGGGAACGUGGAGUUCACGUCGAAACUAGCCGGAGAGAUCCAACUCUGGCUGGCCAUGGCAUAUGAUGCCAACGGGCAGCGCCCUGAAUGUCUAGCUUUGUACCGCAAGCUGGAGAGCAACCACCCCAUGCCCGCCAUUCGCAACCAGGCCGCUAACAUGCGGUAUAUCGCGGAGGCGCCCAAGCUCAAGCUGUCCCCCGAUGAGAUCCUCAAAGUGCCCAUUCUAGACAAGGAUAACAACAGUAAGCAGGGUGCUGACAUGCGGUACAUCUCAGAGGCGCCCAAGCUGAAGCUGUCUCCCGAUGAGAUCCUCAAAGCAUCCAUUCUUGGGUUGAUCCAGCACCUCAUCACAUUUUCCCCUGCUUUCCUCUUAUCUCUCUAUGUCCUCCCCCCCCCUCCCCCCCCUUCUCCUUCCCCCUCGUCCACCCACCCCCCUCUUAUCUCCCCAGCUCUGGGCGCACUUGGAAGCUUCACGUCUCGGCUCUCAGCUGACCUCAGCAGCGUCUUCCCCUCCCCCAUCAACCACGUGCUCGUGAACGAGUACCAUGAGGGACAAGGCAUCAUGGAAGGACAGGGCAUCAUGCAACCAGCAUGGCUGCAGCACUUCUCAUCUCACCUCUCAGCUGACCUCAGCAGCGUCUCCCCCUCCCCCAUCAACCACGUGCUCGUGAUUGAGUAUCAUGAAGAGCAGGGCAUCUUGGACGGCCCGGCCUACUUCCCCUGCGUGGCCAUACUCUCUCUCGGCCUGCCUGGAACCAUGGCGUUCUCUCCGCACCAGAGGCUGCUGGAAGGCAACAGGGAGGGCAGCAGAGAGAGCAGCGAGGGUGCUUGUGAUGGGGCUUUGGCUUUGCUGGAGGAAAGGGGAGAGGAGAGGGAGGGUGGAGCUGAAAGGGCGGAAGUUGGGAAGGAUGGAAUGGGACAAGCAGAGGCAGGCGAGCGGGGAUUGUCAGGCGAUGCAGUGGUGAUGAUGCAGGAGAGUGUGGCUUUGCCUCCUCGAAGCCUGCUGGUGUUUAAGGAUCAAGCAUACACAGGUGAGCUGGUUUGGUGCGGAGAUAGUGUGUGGUUUUACCUUCCGGGGCAACUCGAGAGGGGAGUGGAGUGGUGA